GGCGGCCUCCCUAACGGCUGCGGUCGCCGCCGCCUAGAGCCUGGUUUUGGAGCCGCGAAGCAGCCCACGAGGCUGUUUAAAUUCCCGUAAGUCUCCAUCCUCGCCGCUCCGCUGGCCGGGAAUUUGGCAAGUCUCUGCCCUACGCGAUAAACACGUAAGCCAACUGGAAAACUGGCCUACGCAAUGUCCUGAGCAGCGCCCUAGAUGACGCCAGACAGAGGGAGCCGCAGCCACUGGCUACAGUUGACACGGCCCUAACGGACACUUCUCGCGAGGCUUGGCAGCCUCAUAGCAAUCUCAGGGACAAGGAGGCUGUGAUCAGCAGAUCUCGCGACGUUCAGGGAAGCGCCCCGGGAACCGGGCCGCUGGGCCAGCCCCUGCGUUGGGGGGGGGGCAAGAUGGCGGCUCAGGCCUUGGCGUUGCUGAGGGAGGUAGCGAGGCUGGAAGCGCCGCUGGAGGAGCUACGCGCUCUUCACUCAGUGUUGCAGGCAGUGCCGCUCAACGAGCUUCGCGAGCAAGCGGCGGAGCUGCGCCUCGGCCCACUCUUCUCCCUGCUUAAUGAGAACCAUAGGGAAAAGACUACUUUGUGUGUAUCCAUUCUGGAGAGACUGCUGCAAGCUAUGGAACCAGUUCACGUGGCCCGGAACCUCAGGGUUGACCUGCAGAGGGGACUAAUUCACCCUGAUGAUUCUGUAAAAAUCCUCACUCUUUCCCAGAUUGGAAGAAUUGUUGAAAAUUCUGAUGCUGUUACUGAGAUUCUAAAUAAUGCUGAAUUACUAAAACAAAUUGUUUAUUGCAUCGGUGGAGAGAAUCUAUCUGUAGCAAAAGCGGCCAUCAAAUCCCUGUCAAGAAUAUCACUAACCCAAGCUGGACUGGAGGCUUUAUUUGAAAGCAAUCUGCUGGAUGAUUUGAAAAGUGUAAUGAAAACAAAUGACAUUGUUCGAUACAGGGUGUAUGAGCUAAUUGUAGAGAUUUCUUCUGUGUCACCAGAAUCUUUAAACUACUGUACCACAAGUGGAUUGGUAACCCAGCUCCUGAGAGAGCUGACUGGUGAGGAUGUGUUGGUCAGAGCCACCUGUAUAGAAAUGGUGACAUCACUGGCAUAUACUCAUCAUGGACGACAGUAUCUUGCUCAAGAAGGAGUAAUUGACCAAAUUUCUAAUAUAAUCGUUGGGGCAGAUUCAGACCCUUUCUCUAGCUUCUAUUUGCCAGGAUUCGUGAAGUUUUUUGGAAACCUGGCUGUCAUGGAUAGUCCUCAACAGAUCUGUGAGCGUUAUCCUAUCUUUGUGGAAAAAGUCUUUGAAAUGACAGAAAGUCAGGACCCCACUAUGACUGGUGUAGCUGUAGACACAGUUGGAAUCUUGGGAUCCAGUGUUGAAGGAAAACAGGUUUUACAGAAAACAGGAACUCGCUUUGAACGCUUGCUUAUGAGAAUAGGACAUCAAUCAAAGAACGCCCCAGUGGAGCUAAAAAUUAGAUGUUUGGAUGCAAUUUCAUCUCUUCUGUACUUACCAUCUGAGCAGCAGACUGAUGACCUUCUGAGGAUGACAGAAUCCUGGUUUUCUGCUUUAUCUCGGGAUCCACUGGAGCUCUUCCGUGGCAUUAGUGGUCAACCCUUCCCUGAACUACACUGUGCUGCCUUAAAAGUGUUUACAGCCAUUGCAAACCAACCCUGGGCUCAGAAACUUAUGUUUAACAGUCCAGGUUUUGUAGAAUAUGUGGUGGACCGCUCUGUGGAGCAUGACAAAGCUUCAAAGGAUGCCAAAUAUGAACUAGUGAAAGCACUUGCCAAUUCCAAGACAAUUGCAGAAAUCUUUGGGAACCCAAAUUAUUUGAGGCUCAGAACUUACCUGAGUGAAGGUCCAUACUAUGUGAAACCUGUUUCCACGACAGCAGUAGAAGGAGCCGAAUGAUUUCUUCUGGAGUCUCAUGUAGAGGACCACGCUUUGACCAAAACUUCUCCUAAGGCAUUUGACUCCAUCUAUAUUUCACAAAAGAGACUUCCAUCCCCCAAGAAUUAUCAUGGAUUGUCUGAUGUUACUUUGUUACCAACAUUGUUAUGUUUCUACAUUGAAAUGCAAAGUGGAACUAGGAGUUUGGAAUGCAUUAAGAGCAGGCAAGCUUGGUCAUAAUCCAGUGUUUUUCAGAUUCCUUUCACUGCCUUAAUCUUUGCAACAAGAUGGAAGUUUUUUCUUCCCUCGAAAUUUUCAUGGACAUACAAUCUUUUUUUUUUUUUUUUUUGAGGCAGAGUCUUGCUCUGUCACCCAGGCUGGAGUGCAGUGGCGCAAUCUCGGCUCACGGCAAGCUCUGCCUCCCGGGUUCAUGCCAUUCU